AUGAACAUUCUGCCCAACCCCCCAACUGCGAUCACUAUCCCCGAAGCCCACUAUAGCGCCGCGCGCAACUCUGCAAACGCAUUGGAAACUAGGACUGUCUACCGCGCAAUCAUCGUAGCUCGGUGCUUUCCCUUAUGCGACCCUGCACUGACACACAAUGCGUUGAGCGACUUUUCACUCCGCUCCUUGAUGUCAAGUAGCGACGAGUCCGAAUGGUUUGUAGAACUGGUGGUGAAAGCGCGUCGCACACGCCAAGACCGCGUCACAAAGUCCUUCGAUCCCUUCGCAGCUGAGUGGGUGGGUCGCGACAUCGUAUCACUCUAUCCCGCAUUCAUCGAACACGAUUGGCCUCAGGAAUACUUGGUCAAGGUUUGUCUAGUUAAUAGGUUGUGCGACGACCCCAGGCCGACCUCGGCCAAGUGGGCUGGCUUUACAGAUGAACAUGACAGCUGGGAGCCUGCCUCGACUCUGACUGCAUGCGAGGACCUGCUGCGUAGGUUCUGGGACGCUGUUGGCCACGCAGCGUUCUCGGCCGACUAUGAGGGCUUCGAGGCUGUCCCUGAGCCGUGGUGGAUCGGUGGGUGGCUCCUGACCGGUCGCCCUCUCGCCGCCUCACUCGACCGACCAGCUCAAGAAAAACGGCAUUUUGCCAGUCUGAUACCCGCUGAGGAGGUGGUCAUGCAAAACAAAAAGAGUGCCUCAGCCAAGCGGCCCGCACCGACCAGGUCACCGACACCCGAGGCUGAGCAGAGUUUCACCGCCCCACCAACACCGCCGUGCAGCCCCGGGCAUCCCGAAACUCAGGACCGAAACGCGGCGUCCUCAGCGCAACGACGUCAACAACGCACGACUUUCGCGCCGGUCGCUCAGGUCCGCCUGAUUCCGCGCAUGACCGACGACGAGGUGGAGAGCACAGCCCAGUUCCACCACAAAUUCCAGGUGCCUACCGCUCCGUCCUCGCUGACGGGAUCCGGUGCAGACCGGGGCACGAGCCGCGACUUCCCUGGAGCAGAUCUCGACGACGACGACUGGGCCUGGCGGGCUUCUCAGUCCCUGCCGUCGGAGGGCGGCGGCUGUCGAUACUCCCGGACACCAGAACCGGUCUUCGCGCCAUCCGCGACGUCGACCGUGGAGUCUGCGGGAUCGGGAUUGAGACCGUCAGGGCUCGGAGCCCAGACGAUGCUCGCUGAGAUCAAUAACUCGGACAAUAGUGCAAGCGGGGGGCCGGAAAUCUGGGCCGAUAAUCCCGCAGGACUCGGAGGCCACACUAGUGGAUAGCGGAGGAGAUCACUUUGCCUGGUGGUGGAUAAAUUUGACUGGCCAAGCCGGUGUGCUUGAGAACUCGGAAGCCCGCCCAGCUGGAUCUGCUUCGGUUUGCACCAUUCGCUUGAUCGAGUCUCGGUGCCAAUGAAGGUCAAAUUGACAGCAAUUGUGGUAGAUAAGACGAAGACGAAGCGCCGCUCGCUCGAGAAGAGAUAGAAACGAUAGAACCGAGUGUAUGCAGAUUUCGAGAUUAGAAGAGUACAGACAUGUGGAGAUGGCUGGAUAAGACGUCCACCGAUCGAAUACAAGGAGGAUCUCAUCUCCGAAAAGAUGUUCGAGUGACUUCAGGAAUGGCUGUACCACUCGAUCGCAGAAGGACAGGCGACGACGUCGGCAGUCAGGCCCAACACGAACACGAAGAGAAUCCCUCGGAGCCACGCGGGCCCAUGAGUCCCAGGCUUAUCCUGCGAUCAGGGCAACACCCUACCUGCCGUUAUUUUUCCACCCGUCUCCCGGAAUCAAGGAUGCAACCGCCGCCAACUGCCGCUCGAUGGUCUUCUUCUCCUGCACGCACAUGUGCGAUGCACUCCUGCUGUCGCGUAAGGAGCCAACGUUGAGAUGCGAAGCUUCCAUGCUUGGCAUGCAAUGUGGGUCUGAUCUGACAAUCCAACGCCUCGGCAGUCAGGAAGGCGCGAAAGCGAAUCCACACCCCGUCGCGCCGGAAAACUUGGCAUCGUCGACGGGAGCAGAAUGCAAUUGAGCGCAGGGUAUACUCUCGGCCGGCGUCGUUGUAAUCUUUGACAGGGUUGCCGGGCUUCGUUGGAGACCGCAAUGCGUCCUUCGGACUUGCCCGUCUUGGCACGCCGCGAAUACGCUCAUCCGUUCAGAACACAUCUCGCAAUUGAGCGUUGUCUUUCUGUCAUCAAUCAGAGACGCAGAGAACAGUUGGCGAUCGCGACGCCCUAAGCAUUUCAGAGAAAUUCUUCUGCUCCCGCCUAAGCCACGCCCAGUGGGACCUCAGAUUGUGGAGAGCACCCAUUGGGAGGGAUGUCUCCGUACAAUCGCGCUUCACGGAAAAUGAUUUUCGCGUCAUAAUCCCGGCAGCCCGAUCUUUGGUCAUUACGAUACCGUGUUCCUGCGCACGAGCGGCGCGCGGGCUCAGCAGAGGAUAUGUUCCGUGGCGUAAGAGGCCAUUUGUUAUGAUCCGGCUCGGACCAAGGAUGCGCAGCACUCUCAUUCGCCACCCGAACCUUGAGAGGCGCUGGGAAAGUCCGGCCCGGACCGAGAAUAGAAGAACGCGGUCACGUGCCGGCCGAUGAAAGCGUGAGAGUGUUGCCACGCCUGUCACGGGAUGCUGGGCGGCGGCGUUUGCCACAGCGAGAUCGGGAAUUCCCUGCUUCACGGCGCUUUCAGCCGUUGGGGAGGCCCUAUGACCGUGUCAGAGGGUCAACCAGGAACGACGGAGAC